AUGCCUCCUAAAAGGCAAGGAAAGUACAACCUCCCCAUUCCUCUUCAAGAAGGAGUAAUACUGAGAGAUACUGAAAAGAGGGAGUGGAGACUAGGUCGUAAGAUUGCCCAGGGAGGAUUUGGGCUGAUCUACUUAGCAUCCCCUCGCCUUGAUAUUCCAGUAGACAACAGUGCGGUGCAUGUUAUUAAAGUGGAAUACCUUGAAAAUGGGCCCCUGUUUUCUGAGCUGAAAUUCUACCAGCGAGCCGCAAAACAAGAGCACAUCAAGAAGUGGAUGAAGCUGAAACAGCUAGCCUUUUUGGGGAUUCCUGUCUUCUGGGGAUCAGGACAGGCUGAACAUAAUGGGAAGAGUUACAGGUUUAUGGUGAUGGAAAGAUUAGGAGAAGAUUUGCAAACCGUCUUGGAACGACAGGGACGGAGGUUUAACAAGGGAACUGUUCUGCAGAUUGGGGCGGGAAUGCUGGAUGUCUUAGAGUUUAUCCAUGAAAAUGAGUAUGUUCAUGGGGACAUUAAAGCGGCAAAUUUACUUUUGGGCUAUGGAAAUCCAUCUGAGGUUUAUCUUGCUGAUUAUGGACUCGCCUACAGAUAUUGUCCCAAUGGGAACCACAAAGAGUAUCGGGAAAAUCCUAAAAAGGGCCAUAAUGGGACAAUAGAGUUUACCAGCUUAGAUGCCCACAAGGGAGUAGCACCAUCCAGACGAGGGGACCUCGAAAUCCUUGGUUACUGUAUGCUGCAGUGGAUGUGUGGGAAUCUACCCUGGGAACACAAAUUGAAAAACCCUGAUGCUGUCCAGGCUGCAAAAGCAAAACUCCUGGAUGAACUUCCAGAUUCCGUGACAAGAUGGGCUCCUGCAGGAUCGGAUUGUGGCCAAAUAGCCACAUUUUUGAAAAAUACGUAUAAUUUAGCAUACGAUGAAAAACCUAAGUAUGAAAUACUGAAGAAAAUCCUCUUGAGUGGCCUGGAACACAAUGACAUGCUGGAUUUUACCACUGCCAAAAGCAAUCUGAAUAAAUGUGCUGCUAAUCGCAGGAAAGCUGACUCGCCAAAGCCAACACCUCCACCAGUUAAAGAAGUUACGGAAAGCAAGGAACGCGCCUAUCGUAGAAAAGCCACUGUGGGAAUGGAAAGCAGCCAAGUACGAGACAAGCAGAUGCUGGCCGGACUGAACAAGCCUCUUCAGAUUGAAGUGGUGGGUGGUUUACAGGUGAGAAACGGAAAAACAAACAAAGGUUACUUUUCUGUGGAAAUGAAAAUAGAGAACCACGACACAGGCUAUAUCUUCACAAGACCUUCCAGAAAACUGAAGAAAACCGUAGAAAAUGGAGUUACAUAUUCACCAGCUUGUCAACCAGAAUGUUUUCACACCUUGACUAGCUCUUCUGCAGGUAGCACUUCUCAGCCUGUACUACGUGAAGAAUUCUACAAAUACGUCAUGGCCAUUGCUGUCCUCGUCGUCUUAAUAUUGCUUUCUCUGUAUUUCCUUUGA